AUGUCGUCCACAACUUUCUCCCUGGCCGGCAAAGGCCUCAAGCUCGACACCAAAGAAGACCUCGAGACACAUAUACAGCCCCUUGUAGAUUCUGGCGAUGUCACACAUAUCGACCUCUCAGGCAAUACUUUCGGUGUACCAGCGUGUGAGGCUCUUGCGCCCAUACUGAAAUCUAAAUCCAAACUCGAGUUCGCCGACCUGCACGACAUAUUCACCUCCCGUCUGCUCGAAGAGAUCCCACUCGCUCUCUCCUCCCUCCUAACAGCACUGCUCGAAUGCCAAAACCUCCACACCAUUGAUUUAAGCGACAAUGCUUUCGGCCUCAAGACCAAAGAUCCUCUUGUCGACUUCCUCUCGAAGCAUACGCCCCUGAAACAUCUGAUUUUGAACAAUAACGGCAUGGGCCCAAUUGCAGGCACAUCAAUAGCAGACGCUCUGACAACACUGGCUGAAAAGAAGGCUGCUGCUCGAAAAGAAGGCAAGAAUGUGCCAGAUCUGGAAAGUAUAGUCUGCGGGCGUAAUCGCCUGGAGAAUGGCAGUAUGGUUGCUUGGGCCAAGGCUUACGAGGCACACAAGUCUGGUAUGAAGAGUGUCAAGAUGACUCAGAACGGCAUCCGGCCCGAGGGUAUCACACUUCUGAUCACUGCUGGGCUGUCGAAAUGCACAAAUCUUGAAGUCUUCGACCUACAAGACAACACAUUCACCUUCAAAGGUGCCAGCGCACUGUCAAAGGCUGUCAAUGGCUGGGGCAAACUGCAGGAACUCGGAGUAGGCGACGAUAUGUUAGGCGGUAGAGGCUCUAUCAAGGUUUUUGAGGCUUUGGGCCAGGGCUCCAACGAGGCCAUUGAGAUUCUACGGCUACAAUACAACGAGAUUACACCCGCCGGGCUCAAGAUCCUGCUGCAGACUGCGAGGGAACUCCCAGCUCUACGGCGGGUGGAACUCAACGGCAACAAGUUUGAGGAGGAGGACCCCUCUGUCGAGGCACUCUCGGAACUUCUGUCUCAACGCAAAGAUGAACAUGGUAAAGACAGCGAUGCCGAUGACCACUGGGGCUUGGAUGAGCUAGAUGAAUUGGAGGGCGAAGACAGCGAUGAGGAAGAAGAGGAGAUUGAGGAGGAAGUGGAGGAAGAUACCCGGGAGAAGCUCUUGAAGGAUACAGACGAAGCUGAGAACGAGCCUGUGAGUCAGAAGAAGGAUGCAGAUGUCGAUGCGCUUGCGAAGACCUUGGAGAAGACCGGCAUAUGA